GCAGGGAGAGAAGGAAAACGUAAGAAUGGAAGGUUAAACGAAAAGAUGAACUAAAUAAAUCACGAUUGCAUUACAUUUCAAGUAGGUAGCGAUAUGCACAUAGACUGCGAAUCGCCAAAAAACAAAAAAAGAAGAAGAAGAAGAAGAAGAAUUAAGACAACUACGAGCUUCCGUAGGAAAUGACUUUGACUAAAGGGAGGGACUAAAGUUUCUUCAGUCAAACUGAAGAUUUGAGAAUGUUUUCUCUAUCGUCUAAUGAAAACCAAGUAGAAUUAAUUCAAUAGAAAGUUAUCAUGUAAACUUAAACCGACAGCCGCCCAGUAUUUGACAUAUUAAAAGGCUAUUGUAACGCCGACCGUCAACCUUCAUUACUCGAUCUAAUGUCCUGCUUCGCAUAUUUAACGAGCUGCAGAAGAUCGCUGCUCGCGGGGCAUCGUAUGCAUGUGUCGUCGCUGCGCUCCAUUAUCGAUCUGUCGUACUCAACGCACUGCAUGGAUUAUCGAGAUUCAUCGAUACCGGCCUUUACGAGGAAGAUGGUGGUGACGAAACUGAGUCCGAACUUCAGAGACGCGGUGUGUAUUCAGAGCGCCAAUGUGCCCACACCCGCCGACGGGGAACUGCUCAUCAGAAACAGAUACGUGGGCAUCAAUGCUUCUGAUAUCAACUACACAGCAGGACACUACGACCCGUCAGUGAGGCCACCAUUUGAUGCAGGAUUUGAGGGAAUCGGUACAGUGGCUGGCCUGGGCCUGAGCGCCAGCUCCCACUACACUGUUGGUGAUACUGUGGCCUAUUUUGGUGAAGGAGCCUUUGCCGAGUACACUGUAGUAUCCUUCAAAAAAGCUAUAGCCAUACCUACUGCAAGGCCAGUGUACCUGACUCUGCUCGUGAGUGCCGCCACAGCCCACAUCGCCAUACAGAGACUGGUAAAUUUGAAGGAAGGGGAGACUGUAUUAGUUACUGCCGCUGCUGGCGGAACUGGACAGUUUGCUGUGCAGUUUGCCAAAAUGGCUGGCUGCCAUGUGGUGGGCACAUGCUCUAGCAAUGAGAAGGCCAGCUUUCUGAAGACCAUCGGCUGCGAUCGGCCCAUAAACUAUAAAACGGAGGACCUGGGCUCCAUACUACGCAAAGAGUAUCCACGCGGUUUAGAUGUGGUUUAUGAGUCAAUAGGUGGCACAAUCUUCAAUUUGUCUGUGAAUAAUUUGGCCGUCCAGGGCAGACUGAUAGUGAUUGGGUUUAUAUCAGGCUAUCAGAGUGCAUCAGGACUGCAGCCAGUCAAAGGUGGUACAUUACCAGUUAAACUAUUGCAAAAAUCAGCCACUGUGUCUGGCUUCUUCUUACCUCAUUUCAUGUCAGACUAUAAAGAAACAUUGAGCCGCCUGAUUGAGAUGUUCGUGCAAGGAAAACUGGUUUGUGAGGUGGACAUGGGUGAUUUGGACCCAGAGGGUUAUUUUAUGGGGCUAGAAUCAGUUUAUAGAGCUGUAGAUUACAUGUAUGCUGGGAAGAACCUGGGAAAGGUCGUGGUAGAAGUGGCUCCUCACAGUAAACUGUAAUGAAAGCAAAGAAUGUCAUGAAUGCAAUGACACCACAUUUCAAAUUAUGUUUCAAUAAAGAAGACUGAGGUGCAAGUUGUACUAUUAAACCAGAAGUUUCCAUUUAUUUUAGCUUUAAGAUUGACUGCAACUUAGAAUUAGAUACAAUUUCAAGAAUCUAAAAUAAAUUUGUGAAAAGUCAAAUUAUUUUGUGUUAAUUGCUUUGAAAUAAUGUUAGGGGGGUGAAAAAUACAUACAUGUAAAGAUUUAUAUCAUGACAGACUAUUAAAAGAAAAACAUUUCUGCUGCCCAGAUCUUUGCACAACGUGACUAUAAACGUGUAAAACCUUUUACAUUUAAAACUUGGGUCUUAUAUUAUUUUAUAAUAUAAACAUAAGCUUUAUAUUUGUAUACAGUUUUAGAUUAUAUAAAUAUAUUGUAGUCUACAUUUAUAUAACAUUAUGUAUAAAUAUGCAUACCUUAAAAGUUUGUAUUUUAUUAUUUUAAUUCAUGGUGCUUUAAUAUACUCUUGAAUUGUUCACUUUCUACCAAAUGACACACGUUUGUUGCCCAGCUCUUCGCACAAUGUGACAAUAAAUGUGUGAAAGAAAAGGAUGCAAUUUCUAUUUGCUAUGCAUUCUCAAUAGGACAUGUCUUUAACAAACAACCAAACAUAGCAGAUGCUGCAGACUCUUGUAGUAAUAUUGAAGAAUACCUGUGUAUUCAAAAGCUUAAGGUUGAUUGGCUGUGAAAAUGGGGCAUGACAGUGAAGCGUUGAGAAAAGUCAAAGGCAGUCGUUAAAUGUGACACCUUCCCUCUGUUUUUAAUCAGUAUGUGUGACAGGCUUACUGACUAGGAGGGCAAGAUCAGCAAAAAUAGUCACUAAUAAUGGCACUUUUCCACUGCAUGUUACGGUUCGACUCUGCUCGCUUUACUUUCUGAGCUUGCUUUUCCACUGCAGUUUAGUGCCGCCUCAACGUGAGUGGGAUUAUAGGCUGAUCGUCAUAGUUCCGCCGCCUCUACUGCCAUGACAUCAUCUUAAAUGCGACACAAAUAUUACUGACCAUAAACAAUAACACGACUGCUAGCUGUUAGCUACUAGCUCAUUGCUGCAUAAAGCAGUUGUCGCAUGGUGAUUUUACACAAGUGUAACAGUUAAAUUGGCCUGGUUGUUUUAGAAACAAGCUUUCCAGUAGCUGGUCAACUAAAUAAAGUGAAGCUUUCAAGCAGAAUAUAGAGUUAACGUACCAUCAACAGGGCACUCUUCCUCCCAUUGCUCGCCAGUCUAUUGCCAUAGCGUCCAUUUGGUCGAACCACUUCCACUUUCUUCUGUUUGAACCACUCCGGCUGUUGUGUUCCUUGAUGGUUCUGUAGUCACUUAAGUUUUUAUUUACUUUUCCCUACACUGUUGGUAGGUCCGGUGGUAGCCGUGUGCGGCCAACAGCUGAGACACUUCCUGAAAGACUUUUUCAAUUCGCGUCAUUUCGUUUGUCGCUAACGAGAGGAACGUCUGCACCUCAUUUAUUGACCACGGCGUGGUUUUGCGCACAGCCAUUUCUUUUUACAAUUCGAAAGUCGCAUGAACACAUGAUAUUGCUAUCACUGUUGCUAACUUUAAAACUAGCAGGUUGAUGUCCCGUAUCGCAAAUCCAGUGACACUGGUAGUGACGAUUCUCUGACCAAUCAGUGAUCUGCAGGGUUUUGACAUCACAUUUAGUAUCGGCUCGACUCGCUUGGAACCUCGACCGAGGAGGUACUAAAAAAAAAAAAGUACCAGGUACUAUCCACAGUGGAAAACCCCAAAAAAGCGAGCAGAGUCGAGUCGAGCUGUACCGUGCAGUGGAAAAGCCCCAUAAUAAGUGUGACAUCCCCCACCCAAACCGAGUUAUUCUGAGUCUGCCAGUGUGGAGCCAGCUUAAGAAAGAGGUUGGCCAGUUCAAGACUUCUCAUAUCUCGCAUUGCACUGGCUGUCUUGAGAUUAUGGCUGUUCCCUCUCUUGUGAACUUAAAAUACAGAAAAUCUAAACAUGUUAGUAAUUAUGAGCUUAUCAAGUCAACCUGUGUUCUAAAGCUGAAACUUUUUAACAGUGGGGAAACACAGAUCACUCAUCAAUGGCAAAAGGUGUACUGAGAUAUAUUAUUUUUCUUUUGGUGUCUGCAACAUUGCUGCCACAAGCUGCAAUUCAAACUACCAUUAAAAUUCACACUUGUAAUAUUUGCCUCUGCUCAGAACUGUUUGCAGUAUGUAUGGUAACACUAAAGACAGGAAUAUGAAAGCUAAAAUGAAUGUUAUGACAGAAUGGUACAGAAUUCCAAUAACUGUGAAUGUGCUGUUACAUUUCAAAUGCUGGCAGUUACAUAUAUCACCAUUUCAAUUAUUGGCCGUUUGUUGCAAAGUCCUGUCCAUUUGAGAGCUUGACCAAUCAUCAGAUAGAGGAGCUGGCUUUCCUGUCCAGACAAAAAUAUAUUGAUUGAAAGCCCAAUGUCGAAUAAACAAAAAUGUAAUUCUUUUUCCAAUGCAAAAGGCUCUCAUGGACUCCCUGUGAAGCACAAUGUUAGUGGGGCAGGACUGACGUGUUUAGAGCAUCUUGUUCGAUGUACAUUAUACCCUAUGCCAUUGAAAUCAAUGUUACAGGUCAUAGAAAAGGGUGUAUAAUGUUACUUGCGUUAAUGAACAGUGCAAUCUCGCAUAUACAGUUGCAAUCGAAAUUAUUCACCCCCCCCCCCCCCAGACAGUAAGGAUUUACAAAGGUAAGCUUUUCUGAUGACCCAGAAUUUUUAAACUUUACAUCUAUAUCAGUUGAGUGACACAUUCAAAGUCAGAGUGUGAAUAUAUAACCUAAUAUUUCUAAAUAGCAGGAUUUUUUUUUUAAAUACAGCCAUGUCAUAAUUAUUCAACCCCUAUUGUAUGUAGCUGUUUCUUAAAUAUGUAAGGCUACACAAGUAAUUGUUUUAAAACAAAAUUAAGUCAUCAAUCUUCAAUGGGACUUAUUUAAGUUUUAAAAUGUAAGUUUAGCGUUGUAAGCAAAAAUGUAUUUCUAUGCAAAAAAAUGCAAUUAAAAAUAAGCCAUCUCAAAAGCUAAUAGAGGAAAUUAUUUCAUUACACAAGAAAGGUCAUGGCUAAAAGUAUAUUUCCAAGGCACUUCAAUUUCCAAUAGACAAAGUUGGCAGCACCAUUCAUACAUUUUGUAAAUAUGGUACAACAGCAACCUUCUUGGGGUGUGGAAGAAAGCAAAACUUCACCAAGGGCAAUGUUGACUUGAAUAUUCAAGAAGUAAUAGGAAAGAAGUAGGAAAGACCUCUGGAGUCCUGGAAGAAGGUUUUAUAGACGUAUGACACUAAACUGAAAAUGAGUUUUAGACCAAUGUGUCAGCAGUACGUCUGCAUGUAAGAUGACAAGGUGAUGACAAGAACGACACCAUCCCCACAGUCAAGCAUAGAGGUGGGUCAGUACUGUUAUGGGGGUGUUUUGCGGCUGCAGGAAAUGGUUAUCCUGACUAUGUGACUGACACCAUGGAUUCUUUCAGGUAUCAGGCCAUUUUGGCAUGAAAAAUGUGAUGCCUUCAGUGUGUAAAUUGAACCUCAGUGAUCACUGUACUUUCCAGCAAGACAAUAACACCAAGGAUACAUCCAAGUUAAACCAAAAUCUGGUUCAGGGAUAGGUCAUGGAAUGUCCUUAAAUGGCUCUUUCAGUCAAUCAUUAAAAUCCCAUUGCAAACCUUUGUUGGGAUUUCAAGGAAGCAGUGGCAGCACAGAAACCAAAGAAUGUCAAUGAGCUGGAAGCUUUUGCUCAUGAGAAGUGUGUAAAAAUUCUAAUAGAGAGCUGUCCAAAGCCUGAGAACACUUACCUGAAACAUUUAUUUGCUGUUAUUAUCAAUAACAAUUGAUUGAUCAUUCUUUAGCAAUGCAUUUCUGCCUAUGAGUGUAAUUAGAGAAUAGUUUGUUUCAU